GCCGCUGGUACGAUGAAGUUGACGUUCCAUGACACGACCAACGCUCCCCUAGGAGAUCCGACGAGCCCGUUCGUUGUGGCGACCUUGUGCGUCCUUGCAUCGUCAUGUAUCUACGUGCUUCAAAGCCGCCGCCGCAAGCAACCCAGCGCUGUGGACCUCACCACGUUCCAACUGGAGGACAUUACGAAAGCGAUGGAUUCGGAGCUUUGUGUCGUGGGGACCUUUCCUGGCAGCCCCGACAAGGUGCUUUUAGUUCUCCAGAAGCAGAAGUUCGGUCGCGGGGAUGCCCUUGGGUUGAUCCAUGGGUUAACGUUGCGACGCACUCAUGAGAACGAUGUGUACUCGAACCAUAUUGGCGUGCUGUCGGGCGACAACGAUGCGCUUCGGGUGACCAUGAUCUAUCCCGCGACCGCCGCCCACAUUGCCAAGCACACGGAACAACGCUUCUACAUGGCGGUGGAAACCCAAGCAGUGUACGAGGACAUCACGUUGCCCUACAUUGAGAGCAUCCCCACUGACAAAAUCCAAUGGGUGUACAACAUCCUCGAACGGACGAGCGAAACCGAAAAGCUCUUGUUGGAAGAUCGAGAUGCGAAAACCGGUUUUGUGUUGCUACCCGACACAAAAUGGAACGCGCCAUAUCACGUGGAGGGUUUGUACUGUUUAGCGAUCGUGAUGGAUCGCUCGAUUCGAUCGGUGCGGGAUUUGCGGGCGUCGCAUGUCCCGUUGCUUGAAAAUCUGCGGUAGUUUCGCACGAACGACGACAGAAACGUGAGUGUAUGUAUGCUGUAGGGCCAAAGGCUUGGCGCUAAUUUGGGAAAAGUAUGGCGUGGCCGCAAGCAGCAUUCGGUGUUUUGUGCAUUACCAACCGUCGUACUACCAUUUCCAUGUGCAUUUCACCCACGUCAAAGUGGCGUUUGGUACGUGAGUGAUGACGUGAUCACGAUAACGUCAUGUGACGGCAGGCAUUUCCGUGGGCAAGGCCAUCUUGAUCGAAGACAUUUUGUUCAACUUGUCGGUGCAAAGCGACUAUUACGAACGCGCGACCUUGUCGUAUCUGGUGGGAUCGUCUCAGCACGGCGCGUUUUUCCAAUCGCUUGUGAACGCUAACGUCAUCACGUUGUAAAGCGCUCAUGAUGAUACUAUCACACUCCGGCGUAAUCAGUAAUGUUAUUGGUCAUUUGAUUUCAAAAUGGACAAUCGACGGACCCAAGUAGCCAAUGAAAUGUUCGAAAAAAGACGUUCGACCAAUCAAAUUGCACGUGGGUGUAUUCGGUGGUGCAUUGCCAAUCUUUCUCUAUUUCACAAAGAGUUCAACAUUGC